CCAAAACUUUUCACCAUACACACAGCACAUACGCGACGUUGCACACACACAGCGCUUCAAUAUUGUCGAUUGAGUUCUCGCACAGUCGAUCCAUCCUCGUGAAUUUGCACGCGCACAACCUCGGUCGCGCCUGUAUCAAUCUACAUUCAAUACCAUGAGCGCUACAGCGGCGUCGCGGCCUUACCAGGUCGUGGUCUGGGGCGCGAGCGGCUUCACAGGGCGCCUAGUCGCCGAGCACCUCGCCAGGGAUUACCAGGGCAAGGUCCGAUGGGCCAUCGCGGGCCGUGACGCCAAGAAGCUGGAGCAGAUCCGCUCCGAGCUGGCAGUACGUGUGAACAACCCGGCAGUGGCGGCGGUGCCCAUCCUGACCGCCGACGCCAACGACGCCCCCGCAGUGGGCCGCGUGCUGGCGCAGACGCAGGUGGUGUUGUCCACCGCCGGCCCCUUCGCCCGCUACGGCGAUAACGUGGUGGCGCAGGCGGUGGAGCAGGGCACCCACUACGCCGACAUCACCGGUGAGAUCCCGUGGGUGAAGCGGAGCGUGCAGAGGCACCACGAGACGGCCAAGAAGAAGGGCGUCAAGAUCCUGCACUGCUGUGGCUACGACUCCAUUCCCUCCGACAUGGGCACCUUCAUGAUGGUAGAGUACUGCCGCGACAAGCUGGGAUGCGGCGUGUCUCAGGCCUACUCGCUUGUGGGCCCCGGCCGCGCGGGCGUGUCGGGCGGCACGCUGGAGAGCGGCAUGAACCUGAUCAUGAACGAGUCCGUGUCCGAGCUCUCCGAACUCAACAGCAACCAGUACUACUUGGCACAGCUUUACGGCCUGCCCAAGGGCCCGGACCGGCCUGCGGGCCUGCUGCCGCGCUGGCUGCCCGCCGCGCGCACCUGGGCCGGCCCCUUCAUCAUGGAGGGCUGCAACGCCAAGAUCGUGCAGGCCAGCCACGCCCUGCUGCGGGACAGCGCGGCGCCGCUCGAGUACGGCAAAGACUUCAAGUUUACGGAGAUGAUUGCGGCCAGCGGCGCGGUGGGGGCCUCGCUGGUGUCCGCCGGCACCAUGGUGGCGGGGGCGGUGCUGGGGCUGGCGCCGCUGCGGGCCGUGGCCCGCCGCUUCCUGCCGGCGCCCGGCCAGGGCCCCAGCGAGGACGUGCAGCGCAACGGCUUCUGGACACACGACCUGGUGGCGGUGACGGACGAGGAGAAGCCGCGGGUGGUGCGCGGCAAGUGCGGGGACCGGCGCGACCCCGGCUACUGGUCCACCAGCCGCAUGCUGCUGGAGACGGGGCUGGCGCUGUCGCUGGAUGCGGAGCGGCUGGCGGCGGACCCGCGCCUGGCGCCCGGCGGCGUGCUGACGGCGGCGGCGGGGUGCGGGCACGUGCUGCUGGAGCGGCUGCGGGGGGCGGGCUUCACAUUCGAGGUGGCGGGCGUGGAGGGCGAGGGAGUGGCGGCGGCCAAGUGAGGUGGAUGAGGCAGCGGCGGUGGUAGCGGCAGUGGCAGCGGCAGCGGGGAUGUGUGUGUGUGGGGGGGGGGGGGGCCACAAGCAGGCCUGGGCGGUAGGCACGCUGUGGUGUGCGGCAUCCGGAGUGCAUUCAUUAUUCUUUGAGUUGUGUCCAUCAAGGGGCGCCAUGCAUGUUAAAGUGUGCAGGACAAGUGUUGAGUCCGUGCGGCUGUGUUGACACGUUGAGGUUGUUAAGUCACGCACUAAAAUGUGGCAUUACGCAUGGAGGACGUGGGAUAGCGCGAAGGCGGGGAAUGGAUUGGGGAGUGGGCGGCGUGGCGGCUGCACGUGUAUACAUGUGUGUUGUGCGGGCACGUGCAUUGAUGUCAGGGGUCGGGAGGCGGCGGCAUGGAGCCCACGGCACGACGGAGGGAUGGCCUGCGGCCGGUGGAGUUUGGAGCAUCCAUUGUUGAGUGCGCUGGUUGUCACAAUCGGCGAGCAUGGCUGUAACAUGCGGGUAGG